UUACUUACUUGAUACAAUAUAUAUAUAAUUUGAUAUAUAAAUAUACAAUAUAUAUAUAAAUUAAAAUUUGAUAAAAGAAAAUAAUAAUAUAAAAUGCCACCACUUCAUCGAGAACCUCGUAAAAUAAUAGCAGUUUCUCUUGACCAGACACUGGCACAUACACUCGAAGCACUGAUUAGCUGGCAUAACCAAGUUCAUCAGACCCACCUCCAUCUCUCAGACUUUGACACGACAGAUUACUCCAAGGUCUGGGGGGGAUCCCAUCAAGAAAGGGAUGCCAAGAUGCGCGAGUUUUAUGAAUCAGACAACUUCAAACGUAUCCGGCCCAUUGAUGAUUUUGCUCUCGAGACCCUCAAGACUCUGAAGCGCCGACGGUUUUCGCUGGUCAUCAUUACCUCGCGGCAGCAGUGUGUUGCCGAGCUGACGAAGAAGUUUGUCGAUCGACACUAUCCCGGUCUAUUUGAGAGCAUUUACUUUUGCAAUUUUGGGAUGUCCGAUACAGCCGACCAGCUGGACUAUGUGUCAAAACCAAAGUCUGCAAUCUGUCAAGAAAUCGGAGCAGAUGUCCUGAUUGACCACCGCCUCGAUCAUGCACUGGACUGUGCUGCGCUUGGGAUUGAUGUGCUGCUCUAUGACCGCCGAGGACAGUACAAGUGGAGCCAUGUGGAUCGAGCCCGUCCUCGGCCCAAGGCUACUCUGACAUCGACAUCCCGCCGUCUCUACCAACGAACCCCACCGCGAGUCUUGCCGUCCAAUGUCAAGCGUAUAAAGAGCUGGAAGGAGGUCAUUAGCCACUUUCCAAAGCCCCGUUCUCCCCUUCGAUUCUGUCAUUUUCCCAUUCCUCAAGAUGAUUAUUGCAGUAAUACCAAUACCAACAUCAACAACAGCAAUAGUAGUAGUAGUAGUAGUAGUAGUAGUAAUAACAUUGUUUCUUCUUCUUCCUCUUCUUCUUCAUUAUCGUCAUCGCCAUCGUCAUCAUUAUCUUCUUCUAUUACUGUCAAUUCCAUUUUAACCCCUGCCACAACUCCAAUAUCUUCAUCUACUUCUUCUUCUUCUUCUUCUUCUUCUGCUAGUUCAGUUAAUUCUAAUUCUAAUUCUAAUUCAGUUAAUUCUAAUUCUAAUCCCACCUCAACUCCAACCCCCACUCCAUGGAAGGAUUCCCUUGUCUGGGUCUAA